GCUUAACCUGCUACGCUACCGCCUGACUCCCACGCAAUGUGUUCUUAACCCGCUGUGCUAUUGCCUGGCCCCCUUCUUCUUUUUGAUAGAGACAGAAAUUAGGAAAAGGGAGCUAGAAAGGGAGAGAGAAGGAAAGACUCCUGCAGCAUUGCUUCACUGUGAAGCGUCCCCCCUGCGGCUGGAGACUGGGGGCUUGAACCUGGGUCCUUGCACAUGUAAUGUGUGCCACCACCUGGUUCCUCCGUUAUUAAUUUAAGAAAGCCAAGGUUAUCUUCUUUUAUGGAGUUGUUUUGAGAGAGGUGGUGCAGGGGAUUGAACCUGCAACUUCUAAGGCCUCAGGCAUGCAAGCAGGUGCGCCACCUGGCUGAGCCAACUCUCCAGCCCUCUUUGCUUUCUUAAAAUAACAGCCCUUAGCCCUUAGCCCUCUUUUUCUAAGGCACCUAAAAUGUGCCUUUUCUCUGCUGCAUCUUAGGCCUUUCCGCGGAAGCAGGAUCAUAAAAAACAGCAAUAACAAAAAACCUCAGGAGCACCCUCAGACCCGUUGUCCCCACCCGCGCCCCUCAUUCUGGCUCUGGGUCUGCGUGCUCUAAGCGGAUCCUGAUCUGUUUGAUUUGGGCUGUUCUUCCAGCAGCUCCUCAAACCCCUCUUGCCUGCCUCUGCCCCAUUCCCCUCCCUCCCCCCCUCCCCAGCUCCCUUGCUUCCGCCUCACGCACAGGCUUAGCGGGACCCGCUGAGGAAAAUCCCACAAUCCCACCCAGGGACACCCGCUCAUACACUUUUCUUUUCUUUUCUUUUCUUUUCUUUUCUUUUCUUUUCUUUUCUUUUCUUUUCUUUUCUUUUCUUUCUUUCUUUCUUUCUUUCUUUCUUUCUUUAUUUCUUUCUUUUCUCUCUUUCUUUCUCUCUUUCUUUCUCUCUUUCUUUCUCUCUUUCUUUCUCUCUUUCUUUCUCUCUUUCUUUCUUUCUUUCUUUCUUUCUUUCUUUCUUUCUUUCUUUCUUUCUUUCUUUCUUUCUUUCUUUCUUUCUUUCUUUCUUUCUUUCUUUCUUUCUUUCUUUCUUUCUUUCUUUCUUUCUUUCUUUCUUUUUGUUCUGGGCUUCAGUUCUUCCGCCUCCGGGGCGGAGCCUCCUCCCGGUCACGUCCCGAUUGUAUUCCCUGGAGGAGCAGCCAGUGAAGACUGCCAGCUCAAGCCAAGCCAAGCUGGGUCCUUCCCCUCCUCCUGCGGCUGCCUCUCUGUACCCCGAAAGCACCGCCGCAGCCGCGCGGCAGCAGCCCAGGCCGCCACCCGCUUGGCCUGGAUCCCGCUCCCUCGCGGCUUCAGCACCACGGACAGCGCCCCGCCCGCGCCCCCACUGCCCAGCUCGCUGCAGCCAGCCGGCUAGCUAUGCCCGCGGCAUGGCCCGGAGGCCCGGACCCAUGGCGCAGCUGCUGCUCGGCGUCGGCCUUCUCGGGCUAUACUCAGAACCCUGCAAUGACACUGGGUUUCUGACUUGGGUCACUCCACAGGAACAAGGAGUCUGGGGUACAGACACAGAGGAGCGGCUGGUAGAACAUCUUCUGGAUCCUUCUCGAUAUAACAAACUUAUCCGCCCAGCUACCAAUGGCUCUGAACUGGUGACUGUGCAGCUCAUGGUAUCACUGGCCCAGCUCAUCAGUGUGCAUGAGCGGGAACAGAUCAUGACCACCAAUGUCUGGUUGACACAGGAGUGGGAGGAUUACCGGCUCACCUGGAAGCCUGAGGAGUUCGACAACAUGAAGAAAGUUCGUCUUCCUUCCAAGCACAUCUGGCUCCCAGAUGUGGUCCUGUACAACAAUGCCGAUGGCAUGUAUGAGGUGUCCUUCUACUCGAACGCCGUGGUCUCCUACGAUGGCAGCAUCUUCUGGCUGCCCCCUGCCAUCUACAAGAGUGCCUGCAAGAUUGAAGUGAAGCACUUCCCCUUCGACCAGCAGAACUGUACCAUGAAGUUCCGCUCCUGGACCUAUGACCGCACAGAGAUUGACCUGGUGCUCAAGAGUGAUGUGGCCAGCCUGGAUGACUUCACACCCAGUGGCGAGUGGGACAUCGUGGCCCUGCCAGGACGGCGUAAUGAGCACCCUGAUGACUCCACCUACGUGGACAUCACCUACGACUUCAUCAUCCGCCGCAAGCCGCUCUUCUACACCAUCAACCUCAUCAUCCCCUGUGUGCUCAUCACCUCGCUGGCCAUCCUGGUCUUCUACCUGCCGUCCGACUGUGGGGAGAAGAUGACGCUCUGCAUCUCUGUGCUGCUGGCGCUCACCGUCUUCCUGCUGCUCAUCUCCAAGAUUGUGCCGCCCACCUCACUCGAUGUGCCACUGGUGGGCAAGUAUCUCAUGUUCACCAUGGUGUUGGUCACCUUCUCCAUUGUCACCAGCGUCUGCGUGCUCAACGUGCACCACCGCUCACCCAGCACCCACACCAUGGCACCCUGGGUGCGCACGGUCUUCCUGCACCGUCUGCCAGCCCUGCUUUUCAUGCAGCAGCCGCGCCACCGCUGUGCCCGCCAGCGACUGCGCCAGCGGCGACGACAACAUGAGCGCCAGAGUGCUGCAGCAGCCCUGUUCUUCCAUGAUGCCCCCGGGGCCGAUGCUUGCACCUGCUUCGCCAACCCGGGUGCAGCUGAGCCCAUAGGGACCGGGCCUCCGGGGCAAUCAGGAGGGACGUGUGCCUGUGGCCUGAGAGAGGCGGUGGACGGUGUGCGCUUCAUUGCUGAUCACAUGCGGAGUGAGGAUGAUGACCAGAGCGUGAGCGAGGACUGGAAGUACGUGGCCAUGGUGAUUGACCGCCUGUUCCUGUGGGUCUUCGUCUUUGUCUGCGUGUUUGGCACCGUUGGCAUGUUCUUGCAGCCUCUCUUCCAGAACUAUAGUGCCACCCCCUUUCUCCAUGCAGACCAUGCUCCCAGCUCCAAGUGAGGUCCCAACCCUCCUGUGCUGCCCGUCACCCUGUGGGGUGGGGCAGGGCUGAGGGGCAUCUUUACCCAGAUCCUCCUUUCACUUUCCCUGGAGUCACCCCCCCAUCCCCAGUCUGGAGGCCAGUAGCUGUCCUCCCUCCGGUGCCAACCCAGGUGGGCAGUAGAUGCCUGAGGGGUGAAGCCUGAAGAGAAGCCAGAACAAUCCACUGCCUCCAGGCUUGCCUCCCCUCCUCCCAGGUUAUGGAGGGGCAGGGUGGGCUUCCCACCUGCUAAUGGGUGGCUGAGGUAGAGCAGGUGGGCAAGGAUGGAGUGAGAGAUGCUUCUGUCCCCCUUGACCCUCCAGCUCCCCCUUCCUUACUUGCCUGGGCCAGGUGGGGUCCUAAGUGUCUCUGUGACCUGCUCAGAGCCCAAGGUCCCAAACCUGAGAGCUGUGUGACAAGUGCAGGUUCAUGUGUUCACACCUGAGUUGGCCCAGGGUUGUUGUCAGGGUGGCAGCUGGUAGUGGCCCCGCACUUCUGUGCGUGUUCAGGUGGGACAGGGCCACUGCCCCGUCAGUACUGCUUACUCUGUCCUUCUGGCUAUACUUCUACCUGUCCUUCCUGCUGGGGACACCCACCACCCCCUGCCAAGAGCAGACUUGCUGCAGAAGGAACCACCUCAGAGACCCCCACCCCCACCCCAGGCAUAGCCUCUGGCUCCCCCUGGAGGCCACCCAAGUAGCCACUGACUUGGGGCUCAGGGCCUGUGGAAUGGGGUCCCUGUGGCUGUCACUGGGGUAUCCUUCCCAGGCACACCCAUACUGUGUCUCCUCCUUGAGCAAACCAAGUCCCCUAAAACAGAACCUGGAUUUGGGAGAGCCGACAAGAGACAACUGGGGGUAGGGAACUCCAGGAUUACUUGGGUGGACAUCUGGAGUGUCCUUAGUGUUCGCCUGCCAUCCCCCACCAGUGGAGCCCUGGCAUGCGCCCCAUCCCAAAGGGCAGCUGUGCUCCAGCAGCUGUGUUCAGGGCCAGGAUGCGCUGGUCUUUUCCCAGCAGGGAGCACGAGAAGGGCCUCAGAGCGAUGAGCGUGUCUCUAUGCAUCUAGGGCCCUGCCUUGCAUUUCCCUCACUUCCCAAAUCCAUAGGCCUGGGGAAUCUUGGUCACCUUCUCACUAGGAGCCCCUCUGUCCCACCAGAGGGCCCUCCAUCACUCCUCCCAUCUUGAGAGUGUCCGGGCAACUCCUUGGUCCUUGCUGUGCCUCCUCUCCUCCCUCUGCUUUGGACAGAUUUGGGUACCUGGUUCAGUGCUGGGCACAGGCCACAAAAGGGUGUGGUGGGGGUAGCAGCAGGUGGCUCAUGUGGUACUUGACAUGAACACCCAGGUUUGAGCCCCUGGCUGCCACAUGAGAGUACCAGCAGGGAGGAAAGCUUCACGAGUGUUGGAACUGUACUGCAGUCUCUCCUGUCUUUCACUCUUUCUCUCUCACACUUUCUAUUGCUCACCAUCUAAAAAGAAAAACUAUACAGCCACUGGGAGUGGUGGCAUUUUGCAGGCAAGGGUUGGGGGGGUGGGGUGGGGGAGACACUGUGUUGGAGUCUUAAUGUGGUGGCCUUGUGAGUGGGUGAUGAGGUAACACAAUGGCUGUGUCCCCGCGGGUCCCACUCCUUUAUCUCUGAAAUGAGGCCAGAUAGACUGCAGCUGCCUCAGCUGCAGCAGGAGGGGGCAGGAGCAGGGCUGGAAUGAAGUCACUGAAGACUUUAUAAAAGAUAACACACAUCACUCCCCUCCCCAUCAAGGGCAUUUCCUACAAAGGAAGGGGACAUGCUAGGAUGGGGUGAGGCUGACAGCCAGUAUCCCUGAGCCUAGGUUCAGCUACAGCUUGCCAGGGCCUGCUCUGCCCUCCCUACAGGGAGGGGUCUCUGGUGGCAUGAGGCCGAGAGAGCAAGACUGCAGGCACAGUGACACAGCCUACACUUCUUAGUCUUCAUCCCCGUAGGCCAGAAGUCAGUGACUAGCACAUACCUAAGGGAGUGUAGUUCCUGAGAUGUUAGAACACCUCACACCCCACCCUGGGUGCCCCUGUGCCCCCACACUGGCCUCAGCUGCACCCUGGGGCCUUUGCACUGGUCUAGCCCACUCCAGGCUGGAACUUAGAAACCCGAGAUUCUGGUAAACACAGUUGUUUCUAAA